AUGAACAACGGAGGUGGUGUCAUGGCAUACUCAGAGAUGCAAGCACAGCAGCAAGCACCAACGAUAGAACAUGAUCAAAAUGCAAAACCUAAGAAAAAGAGAGUGGUGGUGCUUGGAACCGGAUGGGCUGGCGUUAGUUUCCUUAAGAAUCUGGACUUGUCUUUGUACGACGUGCAGGUGGUUUCCCCCCACAACUAUUUUGCGUUCACCCCCUUGCUCCCAAGUGUCACUUGUGGAACAGUGGAACCUCGCAGCAUUGUUGAGCCAAUCAGAAGCAUUAUGAAGAAGAAAAUUGGUGAAUUUCAGUACUGGGAAGCAGAAUGUGUACAGAUUAAUGCGGCAAAAAAGGAAGUUCUUUGUCGCAGUGUUAACAAUUCAGAUUUGGUAAGGAGUUAUAGAAGGGAAUUCAAUUUAAAAUAUGACUACUUGGUAAUAGCCCUGGGAGCACAAGCCAAUACUACUAAGACUACAGGUGUCAUGGAGCACUGUCACUUUAUCAAGGAAAUAGAAGAUGCGAAGAAGAUCCGCAAGAAUGUGAUAGAUAGUUUUGAGAGAGCUGUUCUUCCAAAUAUAAGCGAGGAAGAGAUGUCAAAAAUACUACAUUUUGUGGUGGUUGGUGGGGGUCCUUCUGGUGUGGCAUUUGCUGCAGAGCUGCAUGAUUUUGUCAUGGAAGAUUUGGUCAAGCUAUACCCUAUGGUUAAAGACCACGUUAAGAUAACAUUGAUUCAUUCAAAUGAUCAUAUCUUGAACACAUUUGAUCAAAGAAUCAGUUCAUUUGCAGAACAGAAGUUUAAAAGAGAUGGUAUUGAAGUUAUAACAGGAUGCCACGUUCGUAAUGUUUCUGAUAAGGAAAUUACCUUGAAGGAAAAGUCUACAAAAGAAGUCCAUUCCAAGCCUUAUGGGAUAAUUGUUUGGUCUACUGGCGUAGGGAUUCGCCCAGUUAUAAGGGAAUUCAUGAAACAAAUAAAUCAACAGGAUAACACACGUGCUCUAGUAACUGAUGAAUGGUUGCGAGUUAAGGGAUGUGAGGAUGUUUAUGCUAUUGGUGAUUGUGCUACUAUAGAGCAACGAAAAGUUAUGGAAGAUAUUUUAUCCAUAUUUAAGGCUGCAGAUGAAGACAACUCCGGUACAUUAACUGUUAAAGAGUUUGAACGUAUACUUGAUGAUGUUUGUGCGAGGUACCCACAAGUGGAUCUUUAUUUAAAGACUAAGCCUAUGCGCAAUCUGUUCAAGGACUCCAAAGGUAGUGACAAAGUCAUCAGUCUUGAAGAAUUCAAGGUAGCAAUUUCUCAAGCCGACUUAAAGACAAAGAGUCUUCCUUCAAUUGCACAGGUUGCUGCUCAACAAGGUGCCUAUCUUUCUCAGUGCUUUAACCGCAUGGAGAAAACUAAAGACAAACCAGAAGGCCCUCUUCGUUUUGAAGGGUCUGGCCGUCAUCAAUUUCGACCUUUUCGGUACAAGCAUUUCUUGCACUUUGUAUCUAUGGGAACGGAGCCAGUUACAGAAUUGCCAGGGGAUAAGAUUCUUGAGGGUCAUAACUCCAGAUGGCUUUGGCAUUCUGUUUAUGCAAUUGGGCAAGUUAGUUGGCGCACAAGAAUUUUGGUGAUAUCUGACUGGAUAAGGAAAAGGGUUUCUGGAAGAGAUACAAGUGGCAUUUGA